AUGUUAGACCAGGGACGAGUCCACCUCUACCCCGACAAUGGAUCCUUGUUGCUGUGGGAUUUACGGUCCAGUGACAGCGGAGUGUACGUGAUCACCGUUUACUGCGGUGGGAACAACACCGUCAGAGACAAUGUGUCAUUAACGGUCCACAACGGGGCAGUCUAUGGAAGCCUUGCCACCGUGAGCGUCCGCGGGCGAGAAGUGAACGGCAUCGUUGGACAGUCUGCCCUUCUCCCCGGUUCCUGCUGCACACCCACCCUCUGCUCCUUGCAACAGAUCCCCCCCCCGUUUAUCACUCCUUCCCACAAAGGACGAGUCCACCUCUACCCCGACAAUGGAUCCUUGUUGCUGUGGGAUUUACGGUCCAGUGACAGCGGAGUGUACGUGAUCACCGUUUACUGCGGUGGGAACAACACCGUCAGAGACAAUGUGUCAUUAACGGUCCACAACGGGGCAGUCUAUGGAAGCCUUGCCACCGUGAGCGUCCGCGGGCGAGAAGUGAACGGCAUCGUUGGACAGUCUGCCCUUCUCCCCGGUUCCUGCUGCACACCCACCCUCUGCUCCUUGCAACAGGUGGAGUGGUAUUUGUACCCCGGCCAAAUCCCGCUUGUGCAACUGACCAGACAGUGCUCUCCACUUCCCGACGGACCCGGUUGUAAUUGUUCAGAUCCCCCCCCGUUUAUCACUCCUUCCCACAAAGGACGAGUCCACCUCUACCCCGACAAUGGAUCCUUGUUGCUGUGGGAUUUACGGUCCAAUGACAGCGGAGUGUACGUGAUCACCGUUUACUGCGGUGGGAACAACACCGUCAGAGACAAUGUGUCGUUAACGGUCCACAACGGGGCAGAAAAGGCGAAUUCGACUUCCUCAACUACUAAUGGACAACUUAUGACAACGGCAAAGGACUGGAGGCUUUUCCAUCUGUACAGAGCUGCGCUGUUUUUCCUCGUCAUAAUCCUCUUCGUGAUCUCGUUGGUGCUGUCGAUGACAAGGAAACAAAUGGGCAAUACCAGGACGUUCCAUAAAAUUUCUUUGACCUCGUGUUACAUGCUGACCUCGGACCUCGGUGCUCGCUCUCGGGGCCUCAUGACCGACUGCUUUUCGACAAGCCAAAGAUCCGACCUUGAAGACUAGUACGCCUUCAGUGUGCCUGAGGCGGGCGGAUUCAAGGUCGGUGCCGACACCUGAUACUUCGUGGGAGACGGAAGAUCGUAGGCAGCCAGCUGGCUGCUGGCUGUGUGCCCGGAGACCCGAGUUCUUUGGGGACAGAUUACUGAAAAAGCGACGGAACACCAUAAAGCAGCGAAUUGCUUUGUCUCCCCUGUCACUGUGAAACAGGGACACUUCUUUUUUCCCUUUAGAAUAGAGAGAGAGCCUGCGGAGGGUCGUAUUCCGGUGAACGUGUAAUCUUUGGGGUACUGCAAGUCUGUGUCUUUGUUGAUGAUUUGCUGCACGCUUGAGUGCUCGAUGGGACCUGCUGAUGCUUUUUUG